AUGACCAGCUCAGCAGAGAAGGCCCGAGGGAAGAAGGUGGAGUCCAGUGCAGCCGUAGAAGCCAGCAAUCCUGCACUUGUAAAAUGUAAACAUCUCCCAGUCAGAAGAGACAGCAGCCCUCAGGUCCUCGUGCUUUCUGCCUGGCGCAAGCGCUGGUUUGUCCUCCGGCGGGGCCGCAUGAGUGGCAACCCUGACGUCUUGGAGUACUACAGGAACAAACACUCGAGCAAGCCCAUUCGUGUGAUAGACCUCAGCGAGUGUGCCGUGUGGAAGCAUGCGGGCCCUGGUUUUGUCCGGAAGGAAUUUCAGAAUAAUUUCGUGUUCAUUGUUAAGACUACUUCUCGUACAUUCUAUCUGGUGGCCAAGACCGAAGAAGAGAUGCAGGUGUGGGUACACAGCAUCAGUCAGGUGUGCAACCUCGGUCACCUGGAGGACGGUGCAGAUUCCGUGGAGAGCCUCUCUCACACGCCCUCCUCCCUCCAGCCACCCCCUGCCAGCUCCCUUCACACCGCCCAUGCUGUCAGCUCCUCCUUGCCAAGAGAUGACCCAAGCUCUAAUACCAUAGGUACUGAGGAAACCAGAAGUGAGUCAGAGUUUCUCUUCCUUCCUGAUUAUCUGAUUCUGUCCAACUGUGAGACUGGAAGACUGCACCAUGCCAGUUUACCCACUAGAUGCGACAGCUGGUCAAACUCAGACCGUUCAUUGGAACAGACUUCAUUCGACGACGUUUUUGUUGAUGGCCUGCAGCCGCUGCCCUACAUUAACUUGGUCCACCCCUCUGCCCACGGGGAUGGAUCUCAGGAGGCACCUUCCACAAGGCCUCAGGCUGCCCUGAUCUGGAGUAGAAAUAUCAAUGGACCAUCCAGGGACCACUUUUCUUCACCAUUGCUGGAAACUUCCUUAAAUUCCACCAAUCACAUAGAUAAAAACCAAGGUUCUUUGCCUUAUGGGGUAAAAGAACUAGACCUUGUGCCCAACACUCCACCUCCCCGCCCCCCUAAGCCAAUCCAUCUCUCUGAACGGCGCCAAGAGGAGCAGCUACUAUGGAGUAGGCACAGCAGCAUCAAGAAGCCAGAAUGCACUAUGGCACCAAGAAGAAUCUCUCUCUCUGGUCUAGAUAACGUAAGAACCAGGAAAGCUGAUGUAGAAGGCCAAUCCUUAAGACAUCGAGACAAGCGGCUAAGUUUAAAUUUGCCAUGCAGGUUUUCCCCAAUGUACCCCACAGCUUCAGCCAGUGCCGAAGACAGCUACGUGCCUAUGGGCCCCCAGGUCACCACCUCUGGUCUCAGACCCCACUGCAGCCGUGAUGACUACAUCCCAAUGAGCUCAGGAAGCAUCUCCAGCCCAUUGCCUAAGCUACCUGCAGACCUGGAACCUCCCCCAGUGAAUAGAGAUCUCAAGCCUCAGAGGAAACCACGGCCACCUCCCCUAGACCUGAGAAACCUCUCUACCAUCCGGGAACAUGCAUCUCUAACCAGGACCCACACUGUGCCUUGCAAUCGGACAAGCUUUCUCUCUCCAGGAAGAAAUGGUAUUAAUUCUGCAAGAUUUUUUGCCAAUUCUGUUUCCAGAGAGGAGGAAGGAAGCAACAUCCAAAUGGAGGAACACCGAACAGCCAACUCCCUGAGCAGUGGUGCUAUGAUGUGGACAAAGAAAUUCAGCCUGGAUUAUCUAGCCCUGGACUUCAAUUCAGCAUCACCAGCCCCUGUACAGCAGAAACUUCUCCUUUCAGAUGAGCAAAGAGUAGACUAUGUCCAAGUGGAUGAGCAGAAGACACAAGCUCUCCAGAACACAAAGCAGGAGUGGACCGAUGAGAGGCAAUCCAAAGUAUAAGCAGUGUGGGCUUGGACUGUGUGUAACACAAGGAAGCUUGGGGCUGGCUUUGAGUUUUUUCACUAGACUCACACCACUGUUCAACACAGGUCAAAAUCCAGAGGGAAUGCAUAAUUUCCAUGGGCUUGGCAAGAACCUUUGGGAGAAAGGACCUAUUCGUAUGCAUUACAUGGGAAGAAGAAGGAAGCAGUGCCCUCCCAGAGGGGGCUCUGAGGGAUUCUAGUACCCGCCUCCACCCCCAU